GCCAGGUAACCCUCACAUCCGCUUAGGAGAUCGCGCUGAAUGUCCCACUCAAGAGAAGACAUCAUCUUCUGUGUCUUCUGCGCCUUUCGCAAUGUUAUCACGUGAGGAUCAGCCGCUAUCGAAGAAGACAAGGAAGAAAGAGACUCCAUCUGGCUGUCAGGGUGCCACCCGUGUCCGAGGAAGUGUACAGCGGGUAUUUUGUGAUGGUAAGCUAGCCGAACAGUUUGUCAGGUACAGAAAGUCGCUCCUUUCGGAGGGGCAGUGUGUGUUCUCUCACAUGGCCUCAAGCGCGGCUCAAAAGCCAGCGCUAAGUAAGAUCCAGAAGGAACUUCGCGACAUCACCCGGAAUCCGCCUGAAAACUGCUCUGCUGGACCCAUCGACGCCUCGAACCUCUUCAUAUGGCAUGCCACCAUUGUAGGACCAACGGAGACACCCUUUGAGAAAGGCUUAUUUAAGCUCAGGAUCGAGUUUCCUGAAGAUUACCCGUUCAAGCCCCCUCUCGUAAAAUUCACAACACGUAUCUACCACCCGAACAUCAACAGCAACGGCUACAUCUGUUUGGAUAUUCUCAAGGGCCAUUGGUGUCCGCAGCUUACAAUUGCCACCGUGCUGAUGUCCAUUCUGGUGCUCAUGUGCAACCCCAAUGUGGACGAUCCUCUGGUUCCUGAAAUUGCCACCGUGUACAAGCAAGACAAGGAGGACUACAAUGCCAUAGCCAGAGAGUGGACCCGGCGAUACGCCAUGGACUGAAGCUAUUCAAUUUUAUUUCAGGACGACUAAAAAUUGCUCUGCUUUAAAUGGACUGCAUAGUUUUCACAUUUUUCUGAAGAAGCAGCGGAAGGAGGGUUUCAUUAGACGGUAUCACAUCAGGCAGUAACGUUUUUCUUCCUUCCUUUCUUUUUUUCAUUGCAUCUGACAACGGUGUACGUUCCAUCCUUUAAAUAAAUUUGGCUGCGCAUA